CGCACUUCCUGGGGCCGCCGCGCCGCGGUCGGCGGGGCAGGUGGCGGGGUGGCCCGUCCGCAGUCACCGCCGCUCCGCGCCCCGCGCCCCCGCGUGCGUCCCCGGCUGGCUCGCCAGGCUCCCGGCCGGCCGCCCGGCCGCCUUUUGUCUGCGCGGAGCCGGGCGCGUUGGCAUCACGUCUCCGGUCCCUCCGCGGCUCUUCGCCUGCUUCUCCUCCCGCUCACAUCUUCUCCCCGCCCCGCCAACCCCCGCCCGCCGCCAGCCCGCGCCGGCCGCUUGACCUCCUGGACCACAGCCCGAGGACGCCUCUGCCCCGGCGAUGUCUCCUCUCCAUAAAGUUGCGGCCGCCGCUGCAGCCGCCGUCGGGCGCUGAAACAAAGUCCAGCGGGGCUUCCUCCCCGUGCCUGAGCGCACCGGUGCCAGGAGCCGGACACCCGGGGCCAGUCGUGCUGUCUCGCCCGGAGAUUCCCCCCCCCCCCCGGAACGUGCUUGGUUGGCCAUGGCUGAGGGCGCGGCUGCCAGGGAGGGUCCGGUGCCUCUCGACGCUGCCGCAGGCGAAGACGACCCCCGAGCCGCCGCCGACGCUGCCGCCGGGGACGCCGCACCCGCGGCCGCCUCGGGUGGCCGGAUGAGGGACCGUCGCAGCGGGGUCGCACUGCCGGGCGCUGCAGGGGUCCCCGGGGACAGCGAGGCCGGCCUCCUGGAGGCUGCGCGCGCGACCCCCCGGCGCAGCAGCAUCAUCAAGGAUCCUUCAAACCAAAAAUGUGGAGGAAGAAAGAAAACAGUGUCUUUCAGCAGCAUGCCUUCGGAGAAGAAGAUUAGCAGUGCCCAUGACUGCAUCAGCUUCAUGCAGGCUGGCUGUGAGCUGAAGAAAGUACGGCCAAACUCCCGCAUCUACAACCGAUUUUUCACCCUAGACACAGACCUCCAGGCGCUCCGCUGGGAACCUUCCAAGAAAGACCUUGAAAAAGCUAAGCUGGACAUUUCUGCCAUCAAGGAGAUCAGGCUGGGGAAGAACACGGAGACAUUCAGAAACAAUGGCCUUGCUGACCAGAUCUGUGAAGACUGCGCCUUCUCCAUACUCCAUGGGGAAAAUUAUGAGCCCCUGGACCUAGUUGCCAAUUCGGCAGAUGUAGCAAACAUCUGGGUGUCAGGGCUACGGUACCUGGUCUCGCGCAGUAAACAACCACUUGAUUUUAUGGAGGGUAACCAGAACACACCACGGUUCAUGUGGCUGAAAACGGUGUUUGAGGCCGCGGAUGUUGAUGGGAAUGGGAUAAUGUUAGAAGACACUUCUGUGGAGUUAAUAAAACAACUCAACCCUACUCUGAAGGAAUCUAAGAUCAGGUUAAAGUUUAAAGAAAUCCAGAAGAGCAAAGAAAAGCUAACCACUCGGGUGACAGAAGAGGAAUUUUGUGAAGCUUUUUGUGAACUCUGCACCCGGCCGGAAGUGUAUUUCUUACUUGUGCAGAUAUCAAAGAACAAAGAAUAUCUCGAUGCCAACGACCUCAUGCUCUUUUUAGAAGCUGAGCAAGGGGUCACCCACAUCACUGAGGAUAUGUGCUUAGACAUCAUUAGGAGAUAUGAACUUUCUGAAGAGGGCCGUCAGAAAGGGUUUCUUGCGAUUGAUGGCUUUACCCAGUAUUUAUUAUCUCCAGAGUGUGACAUUUUUGAUCCAGAACAAAAGAAGGUUGCCCAAGAUAUGACCCAACCCUUAUCUCACUACUAUAUCAAUGCAUCUCAUAAUACCUACCUGAUAGAAGAUCAGUUCAGGGGACCGGCUGAUAUCAACGGGUAUGUGAGGGCUUUGAAAAUGGGCUGUCGGAGCAUUGAGCUUGAUGUGAGUGAUGGUUCAGAUAACGAGCCCAUCCUUUGUAACAGAAACAACAUGGCCAUGCACCUUUCCUUCCGCAGCGUGCUAGAGGUGAUAAAUAAGUUUGCCUUCGUUGCUUCAGAGUACCCGCUCAUUCUCUGCUUGGGGAAUCACUGUUCUCUGCCACAGCAGAAAGUCAUGGUCCAGCAGAUGAGAAAGGUGUUCGGCAAUAAACUCUAUACAGAAGCUCCUUUGUCGUCGGAAUCCUACCUCCCGUCACCCGAAAAACUAAAAAAUAUGAUCAUUGUGAAAGGAAAGAAAUUGCCCCCGGAGUCAGAUCUGUUGGAAGGGGAAGUCACCGAUGAGGAUGAAGAGGCUGAAAUGUCUCGGAGGAUGUCGGGGGAUUACAAUGGCGAGCGGAAGCAUAUUUGGCUCUGCCGGGAGCUCUCCGAUCUGGUAUCCAUCUGUAAGUCUGUCCAGUACAGGGAUUUCGAACUGUCUAUGAAAACCCAAAACUACUGGGAAAUUUGUUCAUUUAGCGAGACAGAGGCCAGCCGAAUCGCAAAUGAAUACCCCGAGGAUUUUGUGAAUUACAACAAGAAGUUCUUAUCAAGGAUCUACCCUAGUGCCAUGCGGAUAGAUUCCAGUAAUUUGAACCCACAGGACUUCUGGAAUUGUGGCUGUCAGAUCGUGGCAAUGAACUUUCAGACUCCGGGUCCAAUGAUGGACCUCCACACCGGCUGGUUUCUUCAAAACGGAGGGUGUGGCUAUGUCCUGAGGCCAUCUAUCAUGCGAGACGAAGUUUCGUACUUCAGCGCCAAUACAAAGGGCAUUGUACCUGGGGUGUCUCCCCUGGUCCUUCACAUCAAGAUCAUCAGUGGCCAGAACUUCCCAAAGCCCAAGGGAGCUUGUGCCAAAGGGGAUGUCAUAGACCCCUAUGUUUGUGUAGAGAUUCACGGGAUUCCGGCUGAUUGCUCUGAGCAAAGAACUAAGACUGUACAACAGAACAGCGAUAAUCCCAUUUUUGAUGAGACUUUCGAGUUUCAAGUCAACCUUCCUGAGCUGACCAUGGUCCGUUUUGUUGUCUUGGAUGAUGACUACAUUGGGGAUGAGUUCAUAGGACAAUACACGAUACCGUUCGAAUGCCUGCAGCCCGGAUAUCGGCAUGUCCCCCUGCGCUCCUUUGUGGGGGACAUCAUGGAGCACGUGACCCUGUUUGUCCACAUAGCAAUAACCAAUCGAAGUGGAGGAGGGAAACCACAGAAGCGCAGCCUUUCUGUGCGGAUGGGGAAGAAAGUUCGGGAAUAUACCAUGCUCAGGAAUAUCGGUCUUAAAACCAUAGAUGAUAUCUUCAAAAUAGCAGUUCAUCCCUUACGAGAAGCCAUAGACAUGAGAGAGAACAUGCAGAACGCCAUAGUGUCUGUUAAGGAGCUGUGUGGACUCCCUCCAAUUGCCAGUCUGAAACAGUGCCUGUUAACCCUGUCCUCUCGUCUCAUCACCAGCGACAGUGCUCCUUCCGUGUCUCUUGUGAUGAAGGACAGCUUUCCUUACCUUGAGCCUCUGGGUGCAAUGCCAGAUGUGCAGAAGAAGAUGCUGGCUGCGUACGAUCUGAUGAUUCAAGAAAGCCGGGUCCUCAUAGAAACGGCUGACACAGUCCAGGAAAAGAUUGUACAGUGUCAGAAAGCAGGGAUGGAGUUCCACGAAGAACUUCACAACCUGGGGGCCAAGGAAGGCUUGAAAGGGAGGAAGCUCAACAAGGCAAUUGAGAGCUUUGCUUGGAACAUUACCGUGCUGAAGGGACAAGGAGACCUGCUGAAGAACGCCAAGAAUGAAGCGAUAGAGAACAUGAAGCAGAUCCAGCUGGCCUGCUUGUCUUGUGGACUGAGUAAAGGCCCUGGCAGUGGUGCCGAGGCCAAGGGCAAGCGCAGCCUGGAAGCCAUAGAGGAGAAGGAGAGCAGCGAGGAGAAUGGGAAGCUGUGACCGUGACCGCCGAGGCGGCGUGCAUGCCCGCGUCCGGGACUCCGGCUUCUCAUUCUUGAAUUUUCAUUUCGUUUUUACAUUCUUUAGAUGUUCACAGAAAUGGUGCCCUCUAUAGGGUGUUGUACAUAAACAUAUAUUUUCACAGUGUCAGUAUUUUCCUGUAGUUAAUUUAUCUAAGUUAAAACUUUCAGUAGCAGUGUUCAAACUCUGAGCUGUGAGUAUAGACUUACAUGUGGCUGCCUGUGCGCAUGUGCACACGUGUGUGUGUGUGUGUGUGUGUGUGUGUGUGUGUGUGUGUGUGUAAAUGUAAGAAAGAGAGAGAGAUUCUCUGUCGCAUUACUGGUUUUAGUAAGUUAUUCUUUUUUCUUUAUGACCAUUUGGGGACAGUUGAUAAUCUGAAAUUCUAAGGAGUACUUAUUGUAAUCCAUUGCUAGGUUAGUUUUACCUCUCUGUCUUAGCCAUUCCAUUUGGAGAUCUUAGCGCCGCUUAUUAUUGAAAAAAAGCCAAAUUUAUCAAAGCAAAGGUGUUUUAUAGACUUUAAAUAUAGAUUUAAAAAUUCCAGUAGACAUGAAAGUGAAUAAAAAGAAUUUUCAAAUCAGAAUUCUGGAAAGAUAAACAAAUUCAUUUCUUCAUUUAGCAAAGUCUUCAAAAAUAUUUAUUAAAUCAAAUCAAAUUUAGGAUUUAGUUUCUGUAGUGUUUACCACGCGCGUGGCUUCAGUAGAGGAGCUGACCACAGUGAAUUUGUAGCCACCAGGCGGUACUCUGAAACACACCAAGUGUGUGUUGUAACUGGACUGUUGAUGUGACAGGAUUUCAGUUGUGAAAUUUCAAGGUUUGCAGGGAGACCUCAUUCUCCUGAGUGGGAGUGUGGCAUUCUAUUACCAGAAGUGGGCAGAUGCACGUGCUUGGCAAGGAUUGGAUUUAGUAUAGGGUACGAAAUUUAAAUUUAAAGACGUUGUUCAAACAAUGUCAUAUCUCUAAGUCAGAUAACAUCUUUAUGAUGACUUGAGAACUAAGUAGACAGCAUGUAUGGGAUAAUUUUAAUGCAUACCGUAAAACACAUGAAGAAAAUGUCUAAUUAGGGUACAUUUAUAAUUAUAUCUAGAUAAUUUUACCCUAAUGUCCUCACAAACUUCUUAAAUGUAGUGUUCAUUCAUUGCCACCAACAGAACUAAAUGUUCUAUGGUUAUGAAAGAAUAUAUUUAUUUAAAACAUUGCUUUUAUUUUGAAAAGCUUCUUAAUUAAUUUGAUUAACAAAUAUGCUAAUUUGGGGGAGCCUAGAGAAGAUAAUCGUUGAAAUUUUGCAAAGAUAAAUGUCCUCUAUUGCGACUGUGUUAUUUCUGACUUUUUCUUAAUACUGCUCUGUUCCUGUUGCACAUUACUGAAAGAGUAAAGAUAUCAAAAACAGA